UCAACACCUCAGUCAUGCAGCUUAAAAAUGCCAACUAUUAAUAUUAAAGUGUGCGAGCUCCAGAGCAUUUCUAUGUUGUACAUUCGAGGAAGAACAACAAAAACUGUCAAUGUGACUGGCAGCAGGACUAAGAAUAGAAGCAGCAACAGCUUAUGGUUUUCAGCAUAGAAAUAGAAGUACACGUCGAAGUGAGUGCUUAAAUUAAACUCACUCGACUAUGGAGUAUGAGAGCGAGAGAGCUUGUUAAACUAAUUGUAGAGCAACUACGCACUUGGCAGGAGCAGAAGGACAUGCGGAUCUGUUGGGUAAUGGGACAGCACACGUGGGAGCUGUGUGUAUUGCAUACAUAAAUAACAAUUGGGCGACAAGCGUCGUAGGAUCCGGGCGACAAUAAUAAAAAUAAAGCUGAGAACAAAUAGAGACUGAGACGCUGAUAUUUAAAUCAGUUGCACGUGGGUGAGGACAACCAAAGGAAAGGCAGACGGAGUUAAGCUGGGGGGCGCCGACUGUUUACUAUGCCUUGCCACACCUGAUUAAAAUCUAUUGACACCACAGAGAAACUGGAGCAGCCCACAGGUUACACGCAAGUGGCUAACAAGCGACCGCAUAACAAAAGGAAACGGAAAUGGCCGCCGCCCUCUGCCACUUAAUGAAACCCAAUUACACGAGCCAACAUCGUCGAUGGCGAUGGCGACGGCGACGUCGGAUGGCAAACAAAAACAGCUGCAGAGCCGAUGGCGCAGCUGCCGCUACACCUGUUAACGCUAUUUGCAUUUUUCCUUGUAUACAUCGCACACACUCAUACAUAUAUUUUAUUAUUAUCAACGCGCUGCCGAUGUCGAUGCCAAUGCGACGCGACUCAUCGUCCUCCCUCUGCCGUUUUAUGCAAGGACAUGCGCAAACAACACCCCGCCCACCUGUGCCGACACUCGGCCGCCACUCGGCCCAAGCCCAAGCCAAGACCCCAGUCACCCUCACACCCCAACUCCAGUCGAGUUUACCACCACAUCCACUAACCCAUCCGGGACCCCGCCGACUGCUCCUGUUGGGAGUAUAAAUAAGACGCAGCCUCGCGCACACAGCCUCAGUUGCUGGAACUGUGUGUUGCUCGUUGCUCGUGGCCUCCUGUUUCGUCCUGUGCUCUCGCGUUCCUGUUUCACAACUCAAGUGGUAUCCUCUUAUUAUUGUGCUACGAGCUGCCGCUGCAAACUGUUGCAAGCUGAUAAACGGAAUUCAUACCGUCGGAAGUUAUUGUUUUCAUGUGUUUACCAAUUGCCGGUCUAGGCAUCAUUUGAUUACUUGCGGAGUGCUGAACUUGGUCAAUUGUCAAGCAGCAUUAUGACCAACUCGAAGCGCAAGCAGCCUCCCACACCCAAAGCCUCAGAUACUUCUUGCACAGACAGCAGCGAAAAAUCUGCAGCCACAGAUGAAGUGAGUUACACAACGGAAUCACAGCAGGAGAACCAACCGGAUAACGACAAGGAAAAGGAGGAGGAAGAGGAGCGGAAGCAAAGGGAAAAACAACUACCGGAGAGCACUCAAACAGCUCAACUGUUUAAAGUGUGUUUUGGACAUGAGCUGCAUAACUUUAAGAAUCUGAAUAGUUUUACGUGUUGGCUGCAACGUCCUGUCGACGGCGCCGCUCUGGGUGUAUUUCGGAUGCUCUACGGCGCCAGCAUGUUGAUUGACAUUGCCGAGGAGCGUGGCGGGGGGCAGCUGGAUGUGCGCUUCGGUGAGCCACAACACUGUCACUUCCCCCUGUUCAACGGCAUGAGGGCAUUGGAGUAUCCGCUGAUGGGUUGCGUCUAUCUGUGCAUGUGGCUGGGCGCAUUGGGAAUUAUGCUUGGUUAUCGCUUUCGCUGGAGCUGCUUGACCUUCAUCAGUUGUUAUUGGUACAUCUUUCUGCUGGACAAGCCAGCGUGGAAUAAUCACAGCUAUCUGUUUGGUUUGGUGGGCACGUUGCUGCUCUUCACCCAAGCACACAGUUACUGUUCCCUAGACAGCUGGCUAAAGCCAGAGCUGCGACAGCCCGUGCCGUAUUGGAAUUACUUCAUCAUCAAGUUUCAGUUUUUCAUACUCUACAUGUAUGCUGGACUGAAGAAGUUCUCGCUGGAGUGGCUAUCUGGCUAUGCCAUGUCCAGUCUCAGCGAGCAUUGGGUAUUUGCUCCUUUCCGACAACUGCUCGACGGCGAACUCAUUGAUCUGCUGAUCAUUCAUUGGUUUACGGCAAUCUUUGAUUUCUCCAUUGCCUUCUUUAUGACCUGCGAGCGAACACGUCUCUUUGCCACGCCUUUUAUGAUUAGUUUUCAUCUGAUGAACUCGCGUCUCUUUGUCAUAGGCAUGUUCCCUUGGGUCUGUCUGGCGGAAGUACCGCUCUUCUUUGGCUUCAGCUGGCCACGACGCAUACAUUCCCUAGGCAAGUCAGCAAAGUUGCCAUUCAGUGAGAAGCCAGUUCAGCAUAAAGCUGGCUUUAGAGCUCAAUUGCGCAGCUGCCUCAUACUCUUCUAUUGCGCGCUGCAACUGUUCCUGCCUUAUUCGCACUUUAUCACAAAGGGUUACAACAAUUGGACCAAUGGAUUGUAUGGUUAUUCCUGGGACAUGAUGGUGCAUUCGUACGACACGGUUCUGACUUCCAUUAAGAUUGUAGACAAUGAAAAUCAGCAAGUGCACCAUUUAAAUCCCUAUGCAUUCACCGAGUACGAUCGCUGGACUAAAUUUGCUGACAUGGCCGUGCAGUAUGCCAAGUGCAUAGAACGAAAUAUACACGAGGAUUUGGCCAAGCAUCCGCAGAACAGUCCGUUGACCAGCACCAACAUAUCCAUUUAUUUUGACAUUUGGUGCUCGAUGAACGGACGCUUUCAACAGCGCACCUUUGAUCCGCGCAUGGAUCUGCUAAGGGCACCUUGGUCCCCCUUCAAGAGCACGCCUUGGUCGUUGCCUCUGCUCAACGAGCUUAAUCAUAUGCGUCCGAAACUCAAGACGAUUGCCAACGAGGUGCUCGCCUGGAAUAACUAUUCGGAUGUCAUAUUUGUGGCUGAUUUUCCAGGUCUAACGUUGAGCAAUUUUAUCGCUCCAGCGCUUUACAAUUGCACCUUGACCAUUCUGGAAGGUAAUGUGCGCUACAAGAGUGCCAACGAUGAGGAGUCAUACUUUUUGACCGCAGGCAAGAGCAUUGGCCUGGAGAGCAAUGCCACGCAUACUGUAACCACCAUUGGCCAGAAGCCAGCCUCCUAUUUGUACACAUACGUAAAUCGCACAAUGCAGGAGGAGGAGAGUCUUUUGGUUGAGCCCAUUCCGGCCAAGGAGCGUCCAAUAUUGCCCAUCUGGCGGGAGCUCAAGCAACGAGUGGCCAACUACCAACAGUUCCUUAUGCAUCUGGCCAAUUGUGUGCUCUACUUGGUGUACGAUGUUCCCAUUCCGAUGUCCGUAAGAGAGAGAAAUUAAGAAUGAAGCAGCUGAGAUCCUUUUCCAUUUGCUACCAUGCCUAUUUCCUUGCCUAUCCCUAAGUGUCACAAUAUUGUGUGGGUGA